GAUUAACACCGCGAGGAAUUGUCAUAGGAACUCUUUUGGGAAUGGUGCUUCAUGUAAGAUUUAGUCCGGAUGAUCAACAAGUGGCAGUAUGUGCUGGAAAUGGGAUCUACAUGUUAAAUGCAAAGAAUGAAGCUAUACUGGCUGAAUUGGAUGGACACCUGGCUCCAGUGACUGCUGCUGAGUUUUGCACAUGGGAGAAAAGUAUGCUUAUAUCAGUGUCAGAAGACAGAACCUUUAAGGUGUGGGACUAUUCUACCGGCCAGUUAAUAUAUCAGUCAGGAGUAUUAACGACAUUUCCUUUGCUAAGUCUGCUAAUUGAUGAAGAAAAUAAGCAGGUUAUUACUGGAUGUGCUGAGGGACAGCUUUGGAUCUUCAGUUUAAUCAGUGGUCAUAAUUACCGUUGUGUGGCACAUAUCAACUUAAAGAAAGAGCAUGAGAAAUUCUGUAAUAAAGUGUGGAAAACUGGAAAAGAAAUAGGUGAAGGGCAAAAUACUUCCAAGUUUUGCAAAACAAACAACAUGAGACCAGAAGGAUCAGUGGAAGCAUCAUUGCCUAUCCUCUUAAUUGAACACUGUGACUUUUUAGUAUGUUUCCAUAAUGAAGAAAACACAUCCUCUGCCAUGAAUACUAGCUAUUUUUGGAUAGGAAGUUCUACUGGUUUGUUAAUAAUUAAUCUGGCAAACUUUGAAUUAGAAGCUUUUUUGUCUUACAAAGAUUACAGUGACCUCAGCAUUCGGUUUGCCAGAUCGUGUGCGUUAACAAGGAAGGCAGUUAAUGGAAAGAUUUUAUGCUUGAUCACCUCAAUGUUUGAAGAUACAAUUUCUGUAUUGGAAGUUAACCUUGCUGUACUGGUGAGAACUCAGCGGAGUGAUUUUCCUCCAUGUGGAAAUGAGAACAAUCUAUCGGUUAUUGCCAGGUGUUCUUUAUUGACAAAUUCUCCAUUGUGUAAAAGUUUAAAGAAAAACAUGAAAGAACCUUCUAGUAAAACACUUGGAGUGAAAAACAUGGUGAAAGAUCAGCCAUUGGUUUUCCAUAAUAAAAUUAAGUCAUCAGGUUAUACAGCAGCACCACAAAUGACCAUGUUUUCUCCAAAUAAUAACCUGAGGAAAAAUGAGGUAUCAAAGUGGAAGAUCAGUUGUAAACGUAAAAAUAAAGAAUAUCCAUUGGAAAGUUCUCCUCCAGUCAAAUAUGAGAAAGAGAUAUCUGUUACUUGUAAACCAACCCCAAUACGUUGCAUUCAGUAUUCUGGGGAUGGAGAGAUGCUGGCUUGCGGUCUGGCUGACAAGACGGUACUGAUAUUCAAUUCCAAUCUCACUGAUACAUAUAAUGUUUUUUCAGGUCAUGAUGGUGCAGUUAACUCUGUUGGCUGGAGUCAUGACAAGAAGUUGGUAGUUUCUGCAUCAGAAGACAGAACUUUAAGGGUCUGGUCAAUCUGUAAUAAUGAACCUGCCCUAAUUCUG